AUGUCGUCCUCAUCGCAGGGAGAUUUCCCUUCAGAGACCCCUACUACCUCCAAAUCCUCAAGAUCCGGCUCUCACACGCCCCAGCAAAACCCUCCCAAUUCUUACAGUCAAGCCGCCUCGUACUUCUCCUACCCAGUCAGCCACGUCGUGUCGGGGCUCUAUCGUCGCCUCACAGACCCUAAUAUCAACGAAGCUCCCUCAACUAUGCCGUGGUCCAUGUCAUCCUCCUCCUCGUCGGUCUUCACCCCACGCCGAACAGCCUCACCGUUCCAACCUCCACCCCUCACACCCCUCACUCUUACAGUCCCUAAAGGCCAGGACCUCCUCCAACAGCAGCUCUUGACACGCGCACUAGCAGAGGAAAUCCGCCUACUCGUUCCCGCACGCCUCCAACUUGUUGAAACCUGGCGUCUGGCAUACAGUCUCGAUCGCGACGGCGCCUCCUUAGCGACCCUUUAUGACAACUGUGAGGAGUUCUCCCACCGUAGCCCGCGGGCGGGCUACGUCCUAGUCGUACGCGACUCCUCCCCCGCCGGCGCCGUCUUUGGAGCAUACAUGACCGACCUCCCGCACCCCGACUCUCAGUUCUUCGGCACUGGCGAGUGUUUCCUCUGGCGCGCAAGCGUCCUGCCACCCCCGUCUACCUUGGGUCUUGCAUUUACCGGCGACGGACCCCAGACGGAAGAAGCUCUCGAGCGCGCUGGUCUCCCGCCGCCCCCUUCUGCAGAUACCACCAACGCCGGACGAUGGAGUACAUUCCGCAGCGACUCUGCGGCGAAAUCGAGAACCGCGUCUCCGGCCCAUAAUCUCAAUAUGAAUAUAAAAACUAAUCUUGCCGCUGCUAGUGGCGGUGCGCUGGCGCCUCCGUCGCCUUCCUCUGUGGGAUCACCUUCUCGCAGUGGAGCGAGCACUCCUGAGCGCAUUCGCUUCAAGGCUUUCCCAUAUAGUGGUGUGAAUGACUAUAUGAUCUUCUGUGAGACUGGGUUCUUGAGCUUAGGAGGCGGCGAUGGACGAUACGGCCUUUGGGUGGACUCUAGCUUGGAAAAGGGGGUUAGCUCUCACUGUCAGACAUUCGGCAACGAGCCACUAUCUGAUGAGGGAGACAAAUUUGAUAUUUUGGGCAUCGAGGUGUGGUACGUUGGCGCGUGA